GACCUGCAGCUGCAGAUCAAGCAGGAGCCGGACGAGGAGGACGAGGAGCCGCCGCACCAGCAGCUGCUGCAGCCGCCCGGGCAGCAGCCGUCGCAGCUCCUGAGACGCUACAACGUCGCCAAAGUGCCCGCCAGCCCCACGCUGAGCAGCGCGGCCGAGUCCCCCGAGGGCGCCAGCCUCUACGACGAGGUGCGGGCGGGCGCGACCUCGGGCGCGGGGGGCGGCAGCCGUCUCUACUACAGCUUCAAGAACAUCACCAAGCAGCACCCGCCGCCGCUGGCCCAGCCCGCGCUGUCGCCCGCGUCCUCGCGCUCCGUCUCCACCUCGUCGUCC